ACCUCAGCAACACACAAUCAAAAGCGAGUACGCCAGAAACCCUAAUUAGCCCCCAUUUCAUUCCAUUCCACCAUCAAGAAGGAACAACAAUUACGCAGUCCCAAAACCCUAAUUUGGAGCAACAGCAGGAGCGGGAAGAGCAACUAUGGGAAUCGAUUUGAAGGCAGGAGGUAAGUCUAAGAAGACGAAAAGAACAGCACCUAAAUCCAAUGAUGUUUACCUUAAACUACUCGUCAAACUCUACCGUUUCCUCGUUCGUAGAACUGGUAGCAGCUUCAACGCUGUCGUUUUGAAGAGGCUUUUCAUGUCUAAGAUUAACAAAGCUCCUUUAUCUCUUUCUCGUCUCAUUACUUACAUGAAAGGAAAGGAGGAUAAAAUUGCGGUUAUUGUGGGACCUGUGACUGAUGAUUGCCGAGUAUACGAAGUUCCGGCAUUGAAAGUGACAGCAUUAAGGUUUACUGAAACUGCAAGAGCUAGGAUUGAGAAAGCUGGUGGUGAAUGUCUGACUUUUGAUCAACUUGCUCUUAGAGCUCCUCUUGGCCAGAACACUGUUCUUUUGAGAGGCCCGAAGAAUGCUAGGGAGGCUGUUAAGCACUUUGGCAAAGCACCAGGUGUUCCACACAGUCACACUAAGCCUUAUGUGCGAUCAAAUGGCAGAAAGUUCGAGCGUGCUAGAGGUAGGAGAAACAGCAGAGGAUACAGGGUUUAAGCUUGAAUACCUUGUUAGAUAUCUUUUUGUUUCCAGUUGCAGUUAUUAAAGUUUUGCUCAAUUUUCUGUCUAGACAAGAAUCAAUUAUCUAUUUCAGUUUUGUUUUUCAUCAAAUGAUUCGGUCUUGUCUUUUUUGGUUAUUGUACCAUGCAAAGAUGUUUUGGUUUGGC